AUGGGACAGACAGACUCAAAGCCAAAUACAUUGGGUGGCUUGCCAUCUUCAAUGACCAUACCAGAGAAUACAGAGACAUUGGAGAUCAGUGAGAAGCAUCUAGUGUCAUUCCCAGCAGAGCUGAGCCAGUUGAGGAGGCUGGUCACACUCAGUCUGGCGCACAACAACAUACAGCGACUGGAUGGCAUCGCCGGUCUGGUCACGCUCGAGGACUUGGAUCUCUCCUACAACUCAUUACAACAACUAACAGAUGAGCUAUUCAUGGUGGUUCAGUUGAAUAAGUUGAAUAUAUCAUUCAAUCAGUUACAGGCAUUGCCUCCAGCCAUCAAUAUGCUGAAGCUGUUGAGGACACUCAAUCUAAUGAACAACCAACUGACUGCACUGCCUAAAGAGAUUGGACAGACCAUCAGUCUACAAACAAUGAACAUAUCAUUCAACAAGAUUGUACUAAUACCCAAAGAGAUGGGAUCACUCAUUAACUUGACCAAACUGAUAUUGAACAACAAUAAGAUCAAUCAGAUACCGCCAGAGAUUGGCAAGCUACAACAGCUGACAUUGUUGGACUUGGCAGAGAAUGAGCUGAGACAGUUGCCACGCGAGAUUGGCCAGCUCAAGACACUGACCAAGCUGUACUUGGACAACAACGACUUUUUGGAGCUGACAAGCGAGGUGGGCAACCUGGCGCAGCUCAAGGAGCUCAAUCUCAGGUGCAACCAGCUGGUCGACCUGCCGUCCUCCAUGCACAAGCUGCAGAAGCUGACACUGAUCGACCUCGAGGACAACCAGUGGGAGAACAACAACUAUCAGAGCCACGACAUUGAGAAGCUGUUGGCCUACCUCAAGACCAAGCGCGACGUCGUCAACAAGUCGCGCAAGUCCACCUCCAAGGAGUACCGUCGCACACUCGAGCGCAACAAGGUCGAGGAGAAGAAGCGACUGAGUGUCAACACGAUCUUUGAGACUAUGUUCACGUUUGUGGAGAACACUCGCUCACUCUACCUGCUCAAGGGCAAGCACAGGAUCAUGGUGCGCCGCGUCGACUUCUUGGCCACCAACCUCAACAACAGCGACUCAUUCAUUCUGGACACGGGCAAGAAGCUGUUUGUGUUCCUCGGUGCCACCUCAAACAGUCGCGAGCGCCAAAAGGCCGUGCACUUUGCCGGUCUGAUGCGCAUCGAGCAGGGCGGCAACAGUGACGUCGUCGUGCUGGACAACAAGACGCGCAAGGAGGACCAGUCCGAGUUCUGGAAGGAGUUUGGCGGCAAGCAGACUGUCAGCAAUGGCUUUGACAACGAUGCCGACGCCGAGGAGGAGAUGAUCAUGAUCAUGAAGCUGUUCAAGUUCACAGAGGCUGAGGGUGGCAGAAUCGACAUCCAGGUGUUUGCCGGCGAGGACUUUUUCAAAUCGAUGUUGGACAGCAGCAGCUGCGUCAUCCUGGACACUGGUUCGGACAUCUACGUGUGGUCGGGCACGUACUCAUCGUCCAACGAGAAGUCAUGGUCCAUGCUCAAGGCUGAGGAGUUGAUGGAGCACAGCAAGCGACCAAGCAGCUCAGAGAUCAAGUGGGUGAUGGAAGGUGUCGAGACCCUGAUGUUCAAGGAGAACUUUGUUGACUGGAUCGACAACUCAUGGGAUGUCAGCUUUACGCGUCAGAAGGAUCUGGACAAUGAGCGCGAGGAAAUGUUGAAGGCUGAGGCUGAGAAGGAGCAGCGACGCAUGGAGAAGGAGGAGAGGGAGAUGGCCGAACAAGAGUUGAGGGAACAGCAGAAACAACAGCAGCAGAAGCAGCAACAACAGGUACCCUCACCAUCAGUGCCAAGGAAGGAUCAGACACCAAUUGUGACGACAACUCCACCACCUCAACAGGCAUCAUCGCCACAGACUGAAAAGUCAGAGCGCGAGAAAGCAAAGGAGCGUGAGAAGGAGAAGAUAAGGGAGCGAUUGAAGCUGAGAGAGUUGAGCUCGGGUAAGCUCGAUGGCUCAGCCACACCACCAUCGGCUCCCACAUCUCCAUCAACUGCCACCUCACCAGCCACCAAGGAUCCAGUCGUUCCAACAACGGCACAACCACCAAAGUCAAUCACUAUCUCUACGACACCAACACCUACCGCAUCAAUAUCCAUCCCCAAGACCACACCAUCGGUGGAGCCACCAAAGGCUACGCCAGCCAAGGUAACACCAACAACUACACCUACACCAGCCACCACAACAACCAGCGUCCAGCCAAAGCCUGCUGCCGCCAUCACUGUACCAACAACAGCCACACCAUCAAAGACACCCACAACCACACCUACAGCCACAGCCACUCAGCCUGCUACCAAGGAGCCAGUCAAGACACCGGCUGUAUCCGUUGGCCCGUCCGAGCUUCCAGAGCAGUCGGUGAACCUCCUUGCGCCCCUACCCGAGAAGGUCGAGGCAUCAAAGGCAAGGAAGCCAGCAACGAGGAACCCAAUUCGUGCCAGACAGGAGCGUGCUGCAGCAGAGGAAGAGGCAGCCAAGCUUAGACUUCUGGAGAACCCCACUCCUGCCAAGCCCAAGCCAACAGGUGGCAACACAGGCUUUGGUCUACUGCAUUCACUCGGUGCCGAUGAGGGCUUGUUCAAACAGCGACGCGAGCAAAUGGACACCAACAACAAUCAGGGUGGCGUGGCUGCGCUGAUCAAUAUGCAGCCCAAGGACCAGCCCAAGCUGCUGCAUGUCAAGGGCAGACGUUCGCCAUUCGUGCGCCAGGUGGACCUCACCUACCUCUCACUCAACAAGGGAGACGUGUUCAUCCUGGACUGUGGCAAGGAGAAGAAUCUGAUCUAUCAAUGGAAUGGUUCCGAAUCAAACAGAAUUGAGAAGGGCAAGGGCAUGGACAUUGCCAAGUCCAUCAAGGACAAGGAGCGUGUGGGCUGUCGAGUGAUCAUCCUGGAAGAGGGCAAAGAGAACGACGACUUCUGGACCGUGCUCGGAGGCCAGGGUCCUAUCUCUGAAGCCGACACUGCUGGCGACGAUCGCGAGGCCGAGCUCAAUAUCCGCAAGCACAUCAACCUGUACCAGGUGGUCUCGUCCGACCUGACACAGUUCGACCUUUUGCCCCUGGACGGCCGCCUGUCCAAGACCAUGCUGCAGGCGGGCGAGUGCUACAUCCUUGACUGUGUGUCUGAGAUCUUUGUGUGGACUGGCUCGGCUUCAAAGCUCAAGAUGAGAAACACUGCUCUCAAGAUGGGUUCGGACAUGCUCGAGUCGAGACGUGGCUCCGUAUGGGUGGCGCACUGCCAUCGUGAGUUCCCAGGCAGUGAGCAGGUGUUGUUCAAGGAGCGAUUCCCCGACUGGGGUGGUUCACUCCCCAUCAUGGUACAGGCCACACCAGUGGGCCUCAACACCGCAUCAGCCAAGGCACAGGCCAAGAUCGACGUCAACUCAAUGUUAACACCCAAGCCCGAGAAGGAGGAGGUGAUGAUCGAUGAUGGCAACGGAAAGAUCACAGUCUGGCGUGUCGAAGAGUUCACCAAGAUCGCUCUGGACCCUCAGCGCAUUGGACACUUCUACAGCGGUGACAGUUACGUCAUCCUCUACUCAUACAUCUACAAGAACAAGGACUGCUACCUGAUCUACUUCUGGCAAGGCAAGAACUCAUCGAUCAAUGAGAAGGGCACAUCAGCCCUGCUGACAAUGGAGCUUGAUGACUCACUCAAGGGCAUGGCCAAGGAGGUGCGUGUGGUCCAGAACAAGGAACCCAAGCAUUUCCUCUCGGUCUUUAAGAACAAGAUUAUUGUGCACCAAGGCAAGGACCCGGCAGCAAAGGGCUACAAGGCUCCAGACCCCGAAGCCUUUGCCCUGUACCAUGUGCGCGGCACCACCGAACAGAACAUCCGCGCCAUUCAAACAAUAACUUCGGCACAGAGUCUCAGCACUUACGGCUCCUACCUGCUCGUGAACAAUGGCAGCAGCGUGGCCUACAUCUGGUAUGGCAGGCUGUCCAACGAGAAGGAGCGUGCCUUCUCCAAAAACAUCAUCAAUGUGCAGUGGCGUCCACAGCCAGGCAAGAUCGUCGAGAUGGAGGAGGGCAAGGAGACAGCCGACUUUUGGAAGGCCAUCGGCGGCAAGGACAUCCACCCAAUGGCCGGACUCGCCAAGCGCACUGAGCCACGCCUCUUCUCAUGCUCGAUUGGUUCGGGCAUCUUUGUCGUCGAGGAGAUACACUCAUUCGCUCAGGACGACCUCUUGCUGGAGGACGUGUACAUUAUCGAUGGCAUCGAGCACAUCUGGGUUUGGAUCGGCACGGGCACCACCGAGGUAGAGCGCAAGAUGUCGAUGGAGCUGUCACUGGAGUACUCGGCCGCACUGGAGAAGCACGAUGGUCGCAAGAACAUACCGUGCUACAUCACGUACAGUGGCCAGGAGCCAUUCAUCUUCACGGCACUCUUCCACGGCUGGGACUUUGCCAAGCGACGUGAGAAGCUAUCGUUCGACAAGGAUAUCGUGCCAGUCACAGACAUAUUACAAUUGUACACAAAGAAGUAUACCUAUGAUGAGAUCGUCAACAAGCAGUAUCCAAAAGGAUUGGAUGGAUCGAGGCUGGAGGAGUAUCUCUCCGACGAGGAGUUCUAUGAAGUGCUCAAGAUGACCUUGGACGAGUUCAAGAAGUUACCACUAUGGAGGAAGCAAAGUCUAAAGAAGGAGUUACAACUCUAUUAA